AUGACCAUCACGUCCGGUUCCCCCUCCUCCCGACCUCGAUCCGUCGCCGUACAGCCCGGCAUCACGCAUCAGACGCCAUGGCCAAAGCUCGCGUCGCCCGCGCGACCUGCCUCGCCUUGGGCCUCGUUUGGUCGCGCCUGCCCGCCCCGUGCUGCUCCCCGCCACACCCGGCGCUGGCCGCCGCCCGUUGGCCGCGCCCACUGCUCGCCCACGGCCCCCUCGCUGGCCGCCGUUCCCGCCCACCUUGGUGCCCACGGCCCCGCGCUCCUACGCCGCAGCCGCCCCGCGCCGCUCCUCCUCCUGCUCGCCGCCCGCGCAGGCUCCCCCCCCUUGCUCUCUGCUGCAGCUGUUGCUGCUCCCCCAGCUGCCAUACCCACGGCUCCUUCCCGCGCCGCCCGUGCCUCUCUCCCAUCUUCGGCCCCCGUCGCCACCCCCCCUGCGCCGCUGCGACCUCGCUGCGGACAGCCCCGCUCCGGCCCACGCGCGCCCGCCUGCCUUUGGCCGCGGUCGCCCUUGUCGGGCCACGUCCUCUGUCGCCCUGGCCGCCGGCGCCCCGGCGCCCGCGCGCCCAGCUCGCCUCGCCGUGUGGGCGCACACCCGCGCCCGAUAACCCCCUUCGCCCGUUAA